AUGGAAGAUGACUCCCGUUUGGUCCCCCGCCAGAUCUGGGCGAACCCGACGACAACAUCCAGCAGGACCUAUCAACCAGGUUGUACCCCAGUGGUAUUACCGAAAGAUGGAAUCGUGCAUCUCAACAACUCCUUCCUGGUCACCAUUACAGAAAAUGCCAUCUUCGAACCGGCUUGCACCAGUACUCGCCCCACCGAAAGCUCUCAUGUCUCAGCCGUGCUAGAUACGCGCGACCCAUUCUAUUCCUCGAUCACGCCGCAACUAUAUGCCAUCGGUUGCGCCACGGUCGUCAGUUAUCUCCUUGUAAUUAUUCUCUUUAUCACUCCGCGCACUUUCUAUGUUGGUGGUCCUGGUGGAGGCGCAAAUUUUCUUGGACGCCGUGGCAUGAUCAGUGGCUCAUACAGUGGUAACUCGUCCGUGGUGGGAGUCGGUGGCCGGCCCUGGCUACAAAAAGUAGCCGCGAUCCUUGUCGCGAUCUCAUUAACGAUUGCCACGGCGGACUCUUUCAAAGUGGCGGAGCAGCAGUAUGACUAUGGAUACUCAGAUGCCGAGGCCCUGUCCCAGAAAGUCAUUGAUGGGCUGGAGAUUCGCAUCGUUCGGGUAAUUUCGAGCACGUUCUUGUGGCUCGCCCAGGUCCAAACGUUGAUUCGAUUGUUUCCACGCCACAAGGAGAAAGUCAUGAUAAAAUGGGCUGGCUUCGCGCUGAUCGUGCUUGAUACAACCUUCAGCAUUCUGGAGAACUUCUUUAUCCGAAACACAUUGACACGACCCAGGCUCUACGAUGAUGCGAUUCCGGCCCUAAGUUACUUGUUUGAGCUGGCUCUCAACUUGCUCUAUGCCGCAUGGGUUAUCUUCUACUCAAUAUCCAAGCAUCGCUUUGCAUUUUUCCAUCCCAAGAUGCGAAACAUCUGCCUAGUGGCUCUUCUCUCGCUUUGCGCCAUCCUCAUACCCGUUGUCUUUUUUGUCUUGGACAUUGCGAAACCCGAAAUCGCAGGUUGGGGUACCUAUAUCAGAUGGGUUGGAUCUGCUGCGGCGAGUGUGGUCGUUUGGGAAUGGGUGGAGCGCAUCGAAGCGCUCGAACGAGACGAAACGAAAGAUGGAAUUCUCGGCAGAGAAAUCUUCGACGGCGAUGAGAUGCUCGAAGUCACUCCUUCCGAAGAAGUUGACUGGCCGCGCUAUACAAACCAAGGGAAUGACAAAGGCGGUGGAAACGGUGCAUCUUCAGGCUGGGGCGGCGUGAUGGGCUUGGCGCAUCGGCCAUUACGGAACCGAGUGGGCAUCACUCGUGGCAAAUUAAAUCGUGGUGCGGGAGGCCAAUCCAAGAAUCAAACGGCUGGUACGGCACCGCGGCACUCCAUUGCGAAUCGCCCUACUCCGCCCCCGGCUGUCAUUACGCCAGUCAGCCGGGCUGAUACUACCAGCGCAGCCAGCACGGUAUAUAAUGUCCGCUACCACCCCGUCGCCAGUCCUACACCCCCGGUGGGCAUGCCACAUAUGAAUGAAGAAGACGAGUUGGACGAAAAAGAAGCAGAGAAUGAGCGAAGACAACCUGCCGACCCUGCCGAGCACAAUAUCUCUGGCGAAAACACCCGAGAACAGUCGCCGCAGAUUGUGCAUACCGACCCACGAUGGCGCACUCUAUUCAACCCCUUCAAACGGAGACGAGCAUCUCUGCCAAAGGAAGUAGCAUUUGCACAGGCUGGCGAAGAAGCAUCGGCUGUCAAGGAACCGUAUCCCGCAGAUGAGGCUCAAGAGCCGCCUGUGGCGCCGUCAAGAGCCGACCAUUUCUUUUCUCUUCAUCGCAAAGGACGACGUGGCUCUGGAUCGCAGACCGCCGACGCUCCCUUACCAGUCACUGUAAUUCCCGCUCGCCGCCGCGGCCAACAGACAUGGUCGCCCCAGAAUCGACUGUUGGAGCCGUCUACACCCCAUGAACCACGACCUUCCCGAUCUGAUCUUCCCGUAAGGGUCAUUCCGUCCCAACCGCAAGCUUCCGCGCCAUGGACUGACGCGGAUGCUGGGAGAGGAAACGGCGACUAUGUGCUCCGGUAUGACCCCGAAGCCGCGGCCCUCAUCGACGAGGAUGUGAACCGUGCUACUCAGGAUGGCUCUGCUACGCAUUUCGAUCAACGCAGCUGGACAGAAACGACUGCCUCGGAGUCCAGGAACGAUGCGCCGUCUGGGCAAGCUGAUCUGCAGCAUGAUGAACCCCCUGUCUCCAAAUCGCAGUCUGGCCCGGAGCGUGGGACGUCCCCGAGUCAGUCGCCGCGUCAGGACAAUUCGUAA